CCCACCAAUGUUUGAGAUAAUUUGUGAAAAAAUCCUCUUUGGAGUAAACACAAAAUUUUCAGAAUAAAACACUACUAACCUUUGCACCAAACACCAAAUAUUGCAAAAAAAGAUUGAUAUUCACCAAUCUACACCGUUUUUAAAUAAUUAUAAUUAGUUUUCUUUCAACUUUUGUAAACAAUUUGCUCCACGCUCAAAUUGUACGUCCACUUUUUGCCGUAUUUUUCACCGGCUUGAAGUUUUCUGUCGAACGCGCGUGACGGAAGGAAUUCUAAGGCCGAAACACAGUGAUAGCGGAUGCGGAAUGCCAACUAAAUCAGAAGGAUCAACUUGAAUCAAAUUAAAAUGCAUUUUUAUUAAACCGGUUUGAUUCUUAAUUAUUAAGAAGUAAUAUUUUGACAAAUCUCGUCAUUUUGCCAAAUAACACAUGAGUGAGAAAAGGACUAAAAUCGGCUGUCAUGUAGAACUGUUAGAAUGACCGGUUGCUAUUUUGCUGACAUUGUGUUCGGACCUUAAUGGUGAUAAGCUCCGCACGCAGUAAAAAAUGGCUGCGUACACAAAUUGGAAGAGUGCCGAUGCGAUGUGGAUUAGCGUGUGACUUCACUCACAUAAGAACGCCGUAGGAAUGAAAGAGCCGACUCGUUUCCUUUUGCCGCAUUAAAGAAAGAGAAAGAGAUUAUGUUCUCGCCUCUCUGUCUCUGUCAAAAUUCGAACUGGCGCGCGCUUGACUUCAAGCAUAACUUCUCAAAAGGACGUAAGUCGCCAAAGUAAACAAACACGGAUUACCUGCUACAUGUAUAACUAACAAAGUAAUCCAAAGAACCCUUAAAACGUAAAAAAAAGUAUAAUCUUCAAAGCGACGUAUCUAACUCGCUAAAAUUUAUAAGCACAGAUACGCCAAACUUACACCAUACAAAAGCGGUGUAUCUGUCAUGAGGUAUGGAUUACUGCCGAAUUUAUUCUGGCCUGCUUACUCUCACACAAAAUUUUACGUUUGAGAGGUGUCGGCACCGCUCAAACGUCAAACUUUCUGUGAGAGUAAGCAGGCCAGCAUAAAUUCGUGCAGUGGACCAUCUGGAGCCGACCCGGUGUAUGUGUAUUUUCAUCAAAAUUCAUCGGGAAAACAUUAUGGAGUGACUAUUUUUUCUUUCUUACAUAACGCAGGCAAUAUUCCCGCUCAUCUACAGGGUGAAAAAGUUUCAGAAAAUCCAGUUAUUCUAAAACUAUUUUAGGAAAAUGGUCUUCAACAUUUCUCAUGGAUUUUCUCAGAUCAGUGAAAAAGCUAGAUACGUCGUUUUGAAAAUGUAUGCUUGACUUGACCUUUCAGUCGUCCAGCAAGCAACCAACAACAUCACCAACAACAAAACAAAACAAAACUCGCCGUGCUUGUGUGAUGUGUCGCGUCCGUCGUCGUCGUGUCAUUAUUACGUGCGUGAAGCAAGUGUCCGGUCGUUUCGGGAUUGUUCCGUUCUCCCGACGUCUUUCCGGUCAUAAUGCCGUUCCGCGAGAUGUGUUUCGUGGAACCUGAAGCACGGUGGAUGAGUUCUUCUAAUUGUGGAAGAAUAUCACUCGGCAAAAAAAUCGUUUGCGGAAAUGUGGGCGACGGCGUCGUCCGCUGAGCAAGUUUCAGACGAAGCAUUGGAAUCCUGGCGUAUGAAGAAAAUGCGGCGGCAGCAGUUCAUUCCGAGGAACCAGGAUGAGGAAACGGUACUGUUGCUACUAAUCGCGGAAGCGCUGGCCGUAAGAGACGCUGUUCUAUCGCAGAAUCCCGAGACUGUGAUCUAUAAUCUAAUGAUACUGGCCACGGUGCGCUGGAACCAAGCCGAUUCUAACGACUUCUCGGUGAAGGCGCUAAAAUUUACCUUCUGGGAGGAUCACAACUGGCAACAGUACGCUGUCUGUUUGAUCGCCAUGGGCCAUUACAAGCAUGUGGUUUGUGCCUUGAAGGAACAUUCUAACCAAUGGACAGUUUCAGUUGCCUGAUUGAUGCCCGACUAUGCUACGAACAUCUGGAUCAAAUCAAGGAAGGACUAGCCCUUGCCGAACAAGCACUGGUCAAAGAGGUCAAGACAUUCAGGCGAUCUCAUGCUCAGCUCUACGUAGGAAUCGGUCUGCAGCAGGUGUCGAUGAAAAGGCGGUUUUAAUGGAUCCCCAUGAUCACCUGGCAGAAUACUACCUAACUUGUCAACAUUCCUUCAACCACAACAUCACCGAAGCUCUUCUUUACAUCACAAACGCGAUGUCCCUCUGGGUGGAGCACACCUUCAGUUUGCACCUGUUCAGCCAUUUCCAGGAUGUGACCGAAGCAUUCCCGGACAAUCUGCUGCACGUCAAGUCCCAUUUUGAGCUGUACCUAAAGGACGUCGAAGAGGUGCUGGAGAGGGUCCAUCUUGGCGGGAGAUGUAGGAGGUGCAGCUGGCCAAAGCCGGCAGUGAACACGACCACGAGAAGGACUGACACCAUGAAUGUUCUGCAGGUGUGAACGCUGAUGUCCAACAAGGACUCCAGUAAGUAGUGUUACCGAUUAUACUGUGUUGAUAGCGCAUUUGCCCAAAAGCUCACGCGACCUAUUAUCGAGUUAUGACGAUUUUUCAAAGUUUUACAUGGAAACAAGUUUUCAAACUUCAAAUGCCGUUUUCUCACUUCCUACUUUUUACAUAUGGGUCUCAUAUGCGAGUGGGGUAGGUAACUGGGAAUUUCUGAGAAUCUUCGUUUUCUGCUUUAUGUCUCUUUGUUCCCACUGGAAAUUGGCCUGCCUCUCUUCAACUUAGUGUUCUUUGGGCACAUCUAUAGCUAUUAAUUGAAGGACAUUAUUUGCUUGCCAUUACAUGAAUUUGUAUAUUGUAAGGCA